UACCACCUCAGAAGAAGUAAGGUGGCAGGGAGGCGCUUCAGCCUUGCAGUUUGACCGACACUGAAUGAGAAGCCACUGACUCUGACUUGAAAAUGAUGAAAUUUCUACCUAAACUGCUGCUGCUCCUGCUGUUAGCCUUCCCGGUAACCAUCCUCCUCAAAGGACCCGGGGUCAGCGCCCAGGAUAUGACCGAGGAUGAGGAGGCUGAGGCUGUGGAGGAAGAUGUUGUGGACGAUGCGACGGCCGAAGAUGAGGAUGACGAAGCUGAAGUUGAAGACGAUGAAAACACAGAACUGACGGAAGAAAAAGAUGAAGAGGAGGAAGCGUUGGUUGGGGAUGUGAAGGCUUCUCCCAACGCUGACACCACCAUCCUGUUCGUUAAAGGAGAAGACUUCCCAGCCAACGACAUCGUUAAGUUCUUGCUGGGCUUCACCAACAAAGGACAGGAGGACUUCAUCAUAGAGUCUCUGGACGCUUCCUUCCGUUACCCUCAGGAUUACCAGUUCUACAUCCAGAACUUCACCGCCCUGCAACUCGGUACCACCGUCCCUCCCAGCAGACAGGCCACCUUUGAGUACUCCUUCAUCCCAGCAGAGCCGAUGGGAGGCCGGCCGUUCGGCCUCGUCAUCAAUCUGAACUACAAGGACAGCAGCGGUAACGUUUUCCAGGACGCCGUCUUCAACCAGACCGUCACCAUCACCGAGAGAGAAGACGGGCUGGACGGAGAAACCAUCUUCAUGUACAUCUUCCUCGGGGGCCUCGGCAUCCUCGUCAUCGUCGGACUUCACCAGCUGCUGGAGUCCAGAAAGAGACGAGGGCGAACGGCUCCCAAGGUAGAAACGGGAACGUCGAGCCACAACGACGUGGAUCUGAGCUGGAUCCCCCAGGAAACGCUCAACCAGAUCAUGCAGAGUCGCAGAGACAAAGCUUCUCCAAGGAGAUCUCCUCGCAAACGGAACCAGAAACGCUCGGCCGGCUCAGACGAGUGACGGGCGGCGGCGGCGAGCUUUCAUCUGUCGGUCAUCGCAGGACAAAGAGGAGGAGUGUGAGCUCCAUCUGAGCGCUCUGUCUGCUGAGGAACCUAAACCAGUGCCAAGCACAGCCUCGGCUGGCUCCACCUUCAGCUUAGGAACUGUCGAACAAAAACACACACAGAUACACAAACACACACAACCUGACUGCUUUCAUUUAAAAAAAAAGUUUUUUGUUUUUUUUCCAGCAAGGAGAUUUUUCUUUUUUAAGCCUUAGUGAGAAACUGCUGAAUUUCUCUGGGAGAUGGCACUGAUUGUCUUUCUGUUGAUUACGUCUCUCCAGGUUUUUGCUUCCGUUUGUGUUUUUUUUUUUACUUUAAAAACAUCUUUUUUAAAGAAGCAUCCUUUCUGGACUCCGUAAACAUUUUAUCCUGGACAGGAAGCCGCUGAUAAAACACUGGUUAGUCGCAGCUCUGCUCUGAACCGUAACAAGUGCAGUUUUUAUUUGGGGAUUGGGAAUUUUGUCUGCAGCCUUCGUUCACAUCUUCUCUCAUUUGAGGAAAUCUCUCCCCAGGAAUCAUUUCUCUGCAAAUGUUUACAGAUUAGUUUCUUUAACCUGGCAUUUCUUUCUUUUUUAAAUUGGUAUUAAAACUGUAAUCAAGUAAAACAUGGCGGGCUGGAGCUCUGGGUAUGUGGAUCAGUUUGUUUUUUUCUAUCUUUGUCAAUAAGCAGCAAUCUUUCAAUUGAUAAAAGCUGUUUUCUCUCUGUAGAUACAUCCUGCUGAAUUAAAAGCAGGUUGAGCUCUAAAGUUUGGAGUUUUGAAAAAAGUGAUUCUGUUAGCUGUAACUCAUUAAAAUCAUGAUUAUCUGGAAUCAUAACCGGUUAAAGCUGCAGCUGCUAGAAAUCUGCGGUGAUGCGUUCAGGGUCACUUUUUUAAAUUUCAUGAUUCGUUUCAGCGGCUGCUGCAGGCCUGAGGAGGGCCAAACGGAUGUUUUUCACCCUAGCGGUCCUGGUUGGAAGCUGCUGAACGGUUUUUCUACCUUCUGUUAGUAAAUUAGUUUGGUCUGAAAUCAGAAGGUUCGCUGAGUUCAGACUUCAAAGCGUCUGAACUGGCUGAAGCACUGGUUUUUCUAGAAUAAUGCGGCUAAUUUAUUGGAGCGUUUGGUCUUUAAUGGGCGGGGUUUGUAUACUGCUUGGUUUACCACUGGGGGCGAUCGAUGCUUCUCCUGCAGAGCGAUGGUUGUGGUUCAGUUUGGUCCGAGGCGUCCGUUGGAUUCUGAUUCUGUUUUUUGUGUCUGUUUUUUUUUUUUUUUUUUUACAUUGAAGAAUUGCGAGCUGAAGCUGAACCCCUCCCACCUCAGCAGCUGAACUCUUCCGUUUCUGAGGAAUUUCAUGCAGUGAUUCAAACUUCUACUUUAAUUAGCUUUUAAAGAUGCAGAAAAAUAAACUUUGAUGAUUUGCUGUAA